CCCCCUUAAAACUAUCAGCUCAAGGCCACCAAAACCCAACUCAACUCUCUCGUUCUCUCUGUCUCUGAACUCAUUCUUCUUCUUCUUCUUCUGUCUCUGGUCUCUGGUCUCUGAAGGCCGGUUCUUUGUUUCAAGUUAGGAAUGUCAAGCAUGGUGGGUGCAAGAAACAGGUGCCCCUUCACAGGAAUGCAGAGGCAAGAGCUGGAGCAACAAUUCAUCAUCUUCAAACACAUCAUCUCAGGGCUUCCAAUCCCUCCAGACCUCAUCUCAACAGUGAAGAAGACAAGCCGCCUCCUGCAGCAGCAGGACUCUUCUUCAACGCUCUUUCCUCCUCACCAUCAACAUUCACAUCAACCCAUUGGGUGGGGGUGUUUUCAGAUGGGUUUUGGCAGGAAAGCAGAUGCAGAACCAGGCAGAUGCAGAAGAACAGAUGGGAAGAAAUGGAGGUGCUCCAAGGAAGCCCACCCGGAUUCCAAGUACUGUGAGAGGCACAUGCACAGAGGCAGGAACCGUAGCUCAACAAAGCCUGUCGAUCCCUCUCCUUCUCCUUCUUCAUUGCCCAAAACCCUAAAGCCCACCAUCUCUGACGUUGAUAACAUGAGCCGCCACCACCAUCUCUUUCUGGGCUCUUGCGCAGAUAAAACUACUUACAGUUGUUUUGAAGGAGUGAGAGAUGAGGCAAUGGAGGGGGGAGCUUUUGGGGCUGAAGGCAGCAUAAGCCACCAGCCAUCGACAAGGGCCAGAAGCUCUGCCAGUGGCUACUCUCAGUUAGAGCCAAAGGAGGAGGAGAAGGGGAAGCAUUGCUUUGUUCUGGGCACUGAUUUUAAAUCAGUAAAAAUAGACAGAGUAGAGGAGGAGGAGGAGGAAGAAGAAGAAGAAGAAGAAAAGCAUAAACCUUUCCAUCACUUCUUUGGGGAGUGGCCACCAAAGAGCACGGACUACUACUCUUGGCUUGACGUUGAAGAAAACCACCAGUCCUCCACCCAAUGCUACGAUGGAAUUGGAAGCUUCACCACCCACCUCUCCAUCUCCAUGCCUCCAUCCACACAAGACCUGCUUUUUGGAUCCAAAUCCCCUAAUUUCUACAAUGAGGGAUGAUGAUGAAUAGUCUCAGACAACAAUGGCAACUUACAUAUCCUUUUGGUUUUGACUAAUUCUGGGUCAUGAUUAAGUGCGCCUUUGACUGGAAAGAGGGAUCUCUUUUUGUUUGGAGAAUACGUAUCCAUCUGUAGUUGGCAUUAAGUACUUUCUGUUUUAGCUUCUGCUACAGCUCUCAGGUUUCAUUUAUAGGACUGGGCAAAUAAGUUUGCCAUUACUAUGGUCAGCUUCUGCCAUCUUUCAGCAAUGUAACCCUCUAUUUUAUAUAAGAUAUAUGAAAUUAUUGUCCCAGCUUUCUUCU